GUCUUCCUUUGACCAAGUCGAACCAAUUAAAACAUUUGUUUUUUUUAAAGAAGAGAAAGUCCAUAAAUACACAACAUGGGCUCUCGUCUUUGGUCUCUCUCUCUCUCUCGCAUAAUAAUAAUAAGAAGAAGAUGGCCAACUCUAACAACGACUGGUCUCAGUUCUACAACAACCAAACCUUCUUCACCACCGCUACAAACUCCACCGUCACAACAACCACUACCACCGCCACGUCAUCUGAUCAUUCUCCCGUGAGCACUGAAACCCGCCGUGUUACUAAACCAACACGUCGGAGGACUAGGGUCUCCCGUCGUACACCUACUACGCUUCUCAAAACCGAUACUGCCAACUUCAGAGCCAUGGUCCAACAAUUCACUGGCGGUCCAUCAGCAGUGGCUUUCGGGUCUGCUGCGGCUUCGUCGUCUGGUUUUAGUCUUACCUCGUCGGAUCCUACUGCUGGAGCUUCGUCCAUUGGCUAUCAAGCUCCUUGGCAAUACCAAACGGCUCAUCAUCAUCACGAGAUGCCGCAACAAGAGAGACCGUCGUACAUGUUCUCAUCGUCAAACCACGUGAGUGCUCUAAGCUAUCCUAACGCGGUGGUUUCCAAUGGUUUUGUAGCGGCGGAUGAGAGUAGAGACGGUGGAGGAGUAGGAGGAGGUUAUGUUCCGUCGUCGGAGAGGAGUAGCAAUGUUACUUCAUGGUUGCAAUGAGGAAAUGGUGAAUUAUUCUUUAGAAAUUUGUUCUUUUUUUUUUAUCAAUUGGGAGGAAAAAAUAAACACGAAGGAGGAAAUGUUAGGUAUACUGACUUUGUUUGUAGGAGAAUGAAAACUUUGACUAUUGAUAAUUUUUUUCUUU